GCCGCACUCAGUCUCUCUUCUCUCCCAUGUCCUCCAUCCCUCUCCCUCCUAGGCCCCUCCGUCUCCCUCCCUCGCAGGUCGUCAGCGCCCUCCGAUAAUGCGCCAUGUUCGCCUCCUUCAACGUGGAAGAGAAGAUUCCAGUGAGUGCAUAAGUAUGGAUGCCAUCGCAGCUCUACCGGAGGAUGCCCAACUCGUGAUCUUCUCCCACGUGGGCAAUGUCAAAGACCUCCUUAGCUUCGCCAUGACGUGCAAGUGGUGGGUGCACCGCUUCACUGACCCGGCCUUCCUCUCUGAACUAUUUAAGGGAAACCGCGCAUGCCUCAUCGGCUUCUUCUUCCAGAAGACAAGGUUCAAGUUCAGAAGGCUACUGAUUGGCCCAAGGAAUGGUGCCUCCAUCUCUGCUCCCACCUUCAUGCUAUCGCCAUUGUCGUCACUGAUUGGCCCCACAGAAAGGUCCUUCACAGCCUUCAUCCCUGACCAUGAUGGCACCUUCAACUACGCCGAGCCUCUGGAAGCACACCACGGGAUCAUCCUGAUGCAGCUUGUGCCCCGCACCUUUGACUGCACCCAGCCAGCUGUGCUGCUCAGCCUCUGCAACCCAAUGACCGGCGAGUGUCACUUUCUCCCACCUCUAGAGGCUCCCCACUUUUCUCCACUCCUUGGGUUGCAUUAUCCCGAUGCUAAUUUCCAGGUCACCAUGAACGCCAUUAUCACAGCCGCUGAUAACAGUAACCUCAGCGGAGGGCAGCUGCUCCUCAUCACCAGUAAAGGAUCUGGACCAGACAGUAAGGUAUACAUUCACUCGUACUCCAUUGACACAUGCAGAUGGAGCACACCGACCAGGUGGCUAGAAGGGAGCCGUUACUCCCUUGUGCGUGAUAGGGCUGCUGUUGUUCACCGCGGCGCAGCACACUGGUUGUGCACAGAUUGCAAAACUACGGAGAGCGCGCACCGAGAUGAUGAGAACCUGUACAAACUCAGUGUGGAGGUGGGCACGGCGCGUGUUUCUAUGACAAAGCUUCCCUUCCAUGCCGCCGGAUCACGACUCCUCUGUGUCAGCAAGGACGACAAGCUAUCAGUCGCUUGUAUCUAUGUCAUGCAUGUGACUCUAUGGACACAGCAAGAAUACGCAGAGGAAGGUGACAACACCCCUGUGCCAUGGCUCCGCACUGUUAUCAGGAUAACGCCGGACCCAAACUAUCUCCCUCCAACUCGGUAUGCUACCUGCCGGCAGUGGUUUCGCCUUAACAAUGAAUCACUGCUCGUGCUGAACUGGGAACACCAUAGCUACUCAAUCUUCAUUCUCGACCUUGAGAAGAAGGUGAUGGAAGAGGUCAAGCGCAGCUUCCUGCACGAGACAAAUAGAGAGGAAAAUCUAGCCUUUGUGCCAUAUGAGAUAGACUUGGUGAAGUUCUUUGUGUUCCGGCUUGGUAGAAUAUGUGAAGACUGAAUAGCUUCAUCACCUAUGAAUGCCUUCAUCCUGCUGCUUAUCUGGUGGAUGAUUUGGAAGAAUCAGAAAUUCAGAAUGAGGUCGUAUUCAGUGGGUGGCCCGUGGCCCAUUGUAAACCAUAUGCAAACAGACUAAAUGAUCAGAUUCCUGGUAUACUUCCCAAUAUGUCGUCAAAUUCCAAUGGAUCCUUAUGCAAUGAAUGACAGAGGAGAUUUGGGUGUUGUCUAUGAAUUUACACUUUUGGUAUGUUCGUAGAUAUAAAGUGUU